AUGCAACUCGAUCAGAGUAAAUGGAGAUUUGGCGACUAUUUAAGUGUGACAUUUGAUGCCCAUGGUGAUGGCGGUAAUGGAUCGAUGACAAUCCGCCCAUUGGUGGUAUUCGAUCGAGAGGCAGCUAAUCCGGGUAAAAUUCUCGAAAUUCCAUUGAUUCUCACCGAUCGCGCGGAUAAAACGAAUCACGCAUCCGUACAUGUCAUCAUUGGAGACGAGAACGACAAUCCGAUGCAUGAUGGAAAGAUGACGAUCACUGUGAACUCAUAUCUUGGCAAACUGAAAAAGACCCAAAUUGGUCGAGUCUACGUGGAAGAUCUGGAUGAUUGGGAUUUGGGCGAUAAGACGUUCACAUGGAAAGAAUCGCUGCCCGGUUUCGAGUUGUCACCAAAAGGAGAGAUUACAAUGGAUGCCAAUAUGCCACCUGGUACCUAUCACAUGUCAUCAAAUGUGCACGAUAAUCGCCGGAAUGAGAACGCUGUCGGAUACGUGACUGUGAACGUGCUUCUGGUACCGGAAGUUGCGUUUGUGAACCAGGGAUCGAUGCAGUUACUACUUGGCGAAGACUCCAGUUUGCAAACGCCUGAAGAUUUCAUUCGAGUGAAUGCCAGUGGCAAGAGUAUCCAGGACGUAUUCACGCAACAAAUGAUAAAAUACAUGGGUGGCAACGUUUUUCUGAAUAACUUUCAAACUGUGAUUUCAGUUGGACUAUGCAACUUGCAAACACGUACCGUCCCUGUGUUGAACAUUCGUUUUUCUGCUCAUGGCUCUCCAUACAAAGACUCGAACCCAGCUGAACGGUUUGAUUUCGGCGAAUCGAGAUGA